GCUCGCCGAGUUCCACCGAGCGCGGCGGCCUUGGUGGGGCGCCCGGCGCCGGGGUGAUGGGAAUAGACCCUGCCCCAGGGGAGCCCCGAGUCUCCUGCUGGAGAGUGUGUGUGAACAGGCCAUGACAGCGGCCUGGAGAGGGGUCGUGGGAACGCAGGGGUGCUGAGAACCUGGAGAAGUCUUCUAGCCGAUGACACUUGGGGCGGGCAGGGGGACGAAGGCUAAGCCGGAGUUCUCCUUCGUUCGUGAGCAAACGUUGAAGUGCUCGCUGGGGACUAGGCAGGCACUGUGCUGUGCCGGGGGAAGCUCCUGCCCUGCGACAGACGGCAGGUUACGCGGGUUCUAAUUACUAUUGUGAGAGGACUCAGAAGGAAACAUGGGGUGCUGGGGGAGGGGAGGCAGUAAGGAUCUGUCUGUCAGGGAAAGGGAGGUGACGCUUGAGCUCUGAACAAUGAUGAAGAAUGAGCUUGGUGAAGAAGGUGCUGGUGUUUCAGGCAGAGAGGAUAGUGUGGGUAGGAGCUGAGGGGCGGCCAGCGUGGCUGAAGGGCAAGGGGAACGUGGGAGGUGUGGCUGUCAAGUGUGCAGGCGCCCAAUUGUAGGCCUUGGAGUUUGAUCUGGUGAGGUUGGGUCUGACUGGGGGGGACCGGUACCCGGUCUGGAUGUCACCCUGUUGGCUAUAGGGAGGGGCGGGGGUUAAACAGGAGCAACGUGUCCUGGAAAGAUCCCUCUGGCUGGUGUUAGCCCUGAGUCUUUGGAGGAAGAGAAAUCUGAUGUUCCUUAAAGAUGGCCUGAUAUGAAGGAAUCACGCCUCCAGCCUCCCCAAGCCCCCAGAGCUUCCCUGUGGCUGCCUUGUCCUUCAAGUCCAGGAGCCGGUUGAAAUGUCAGGAAUGGAAGCCAGUGUGACCAUCCCAAUCUGGCAAAACAAGCCACAUGGGGCUGCUCGCAGUGUAGUGAGAAGAAUUGGGACCAACCUGCCCCUGAAGCCAUGUCCCCGGGCAUCCUUCGAGACCCUGCCCAACAUCUCUGAUCUGUGUCUGAGGGAUGUACCCCCAGUCCCUACUCUGGCUGACAUCGCCUGGAUUGCUGCGGAUGAAGAGGAGACAUAUGCCCGGGUCAGAAGUGACACACGGCCCCUGAGGCAUACCUGGAAGCCCAGCCCUUUGAUUGUCAUGCAGCGCAAUGCCUCAGUGCCCAACCUGCGUGGGUCCGAGGAGAGGCUUCUGGCCUUGAAGAAGCCAGCCCUGCCAGCCCUAACCCGCACCACGGAGCUGCAGGAUGAGUUGAGCCACCUGCGCAGCCAGAUUGCUAAGAUAGUGGCAGCUGAUGCAGCUUCGGCUUCAUUAACGCCAGAUUUCUUAUCUCCAGGAAGUUCAAAUGUCUCUUCUCCCUUACCUUGUUUUGGAUCCUCAUUCCACUCUACAACUUCCUUUGUCAUUAGUGACAUCACCGAGGAGACCGAGGUAGAGGUCCCUGAGCUUCCAUCAGUCCCCCUGCUUUGUUCUGCCAGCCCUGAAUGUUGCAAACCAGAACACAAAGCUACCUGCAGUUCGUCUGAAGAGGAUGACUGUGUUUCUCUGUCCAAGGCCAGCAGCUUUGCAGAUAUGAUGGGGAUCCUAAAGGACUUUCACCGGAUGAAACAGAGCCAAGAUCUGAACCGGAGUUUAUUGAAGGAGGAAGACCCGGCUGUCCUUAUCUCUGAGGUCCUAAGGAGGAAGUUUGCUCUGAAGGAAGAAGAUAUUGGUAGAAAAGGAAACUGACAGAACUCAGCUCUGCAAAUUCAGUCUCAUGCUCCUGGAAUUCCUUCAAUAGCUGCCUUCCUCACCACAGACCUUUUUGCCUCUCAGAAAUCUUUUGCAACAGUCUUGCCGAAAGCUAGAGCUUGGACUGAAAGAGAAGAGCUGGAUCAUGCUUCCUUUGCUUUAAACCUUAGCAGAAGCUAAGGCCUGUUUUGCACCAAGACACUUGUUACAGGUAAAUGUAUAGGUUGGAAUGUCUCCGUCUAAAGGGUGAGACAGAAGUUUGGUUUUUCCUUGCCUCUGUGUGAAAAUAGGUCCUAAGUGAAUGGCUUACUUCACUGCAUUAGACCCCAUAACUGGUCUCACCGGACACUUUGUGCCCAGCUGUCACUCUCAGCGGCUUCCUUGCAGCAGAGCAGGGCUGAGGGGUGAGGGGCUAUAAAUGUUUAUGUGUUGACAGGGCAGGGAAAAUCUUAUGCUGCUCCAUCAUAAACUGACACCAGUGCCCAGCAAUUACCCUCUCCCUCUUUCCUGUCCCUAGAUGUAGAGGUCAGACCUCUGGACCAGCUGACACUUGGGUUGCUGCUGGGAGGCCUGGGUUUUUUUCUUAAAUAUAUUUUGUAAUACUGUACAACCAAAAAUACCCUCCCAGGCCAUGGGGCCUCAUGGGUUCCACCGAUUGAAAACGCUUUCUCUUCCAUGGACUUUAGUUUAAGCCCAGUAGGAAAGAGAAGUGGGAAGGAGAAACAGCACCAUCCUUCUUCCAGGCCCUUGACUGCUCCUUUGCACUGGGCCAAGGUUUGUACCUACCAUACCAUGCAUGACUCAGAAGCCCUCAGGUCCCUUUCUCUACGGUAUGUAUCCUGUGUGUGUUUGGGUUGAAGCACUACCUGAUAUUAAAUGAAGGAUAUGGAGAGAU